AUGUUUACUGGCUCAGCAACCAGCAUUUUUCUGGACUUGGAACAUGGUCUAUCCACAAUCAUUUGUGGGGAGCGCGUUGGACAGUACGACCCCCUUCUAUCCAAGAGAGGUGAAGGGACGGUUUGUGUCAAGGCCAUGUUUAUUUCCGAGAGCUCAAAAGCGCGUUCUAUUCUGAAAGUGGUCCUAUCUCAGAUAUGUUCGCGGAACUACGUAAUGGGUAAGGCACAAGAUGUUCACGAACGGAUACCUGAUCAUAAGACGAUGAUAUUUCAGCUAAAGAUGCCUUUGGAAACUUUGCUCAUUCUCAGCAGUCGCGACCGAGUGGCUCAUGGGAGCAGUUUAAAAACGGAUGUUGUAACGAGGAGGGAUCACUCAAUUAUGGUGAACUGCACAAUUCAGUGA